AUAGAUGUGUUGAUUCGAGCUAGUAAGACAUUUCGUUUGUCGAUAUACUUGUUACUUGACAGUUUGAACCUGUUAAUUGCAAAUUAACGUAGAUAAAACAGCGAACCCUAUCAGCCCAAGAGCAACUUGCUCUCUUGCUAACAAUUAUUUGCGGUCAGAGAGGGUGCCUGUUUUUCAAUAUGUUAAGUGACAGAAAUGGCUGAAAGAAAGGAUACAUGUGAAACUUCGGGCAAGAUAAAUAUAAUGGCGGAACAUGAAGACUAUCCGUCGCCGGGAACGUCGGAAGCGUUGCAGCUUGCACAGAAGCAAAAGCUGAUACAGGAAUCUUCGUGGACGAAGGCUGUUCCGUAUAAUCACUGGCACAGCUACGUGAAGCCUACCGACAGUAUAGGCAGCAUCUUCACUCCUGGCGUACACGCGUAUCGAACCAGGAUCUUGACCAAACGCGGCGUCAAGCCUGCACGAUGGCAUCCUUUUGGUGCCGACGGCGUGCUCGCGGGUCCGCCUCACGCUUUCGUCGAACGACACAACGAAGAAAUAAAACGAAGAAAAGCUGCCACGGCCGAGAAGAGACGCGACUCUUUGCCGGAAAAUAUAGUAAGUCUAAGGGAUCUGGCGGAUGAUACGUGGUUGCAGAAGAAAAGUCGGAAGGCAAGAGUCUUGAUGAAAAAAGAGUUGUCUGCGCGCAAGAAAAGGAUAACAAAGCGAGAGUCAGAUCGGGAGGUAACGAGAGGCAUUUUUGUAAAACUCAACGAGUGCUUCGAAGAACAACUUUGAAUCUUUUUCAAAUUAAAUUGUCAAAUGCAUAAUAAAAAUAGCAUCAUGUAUUAUAGAUGGUACGUUAUGUCGAGGCGGAAAUUCCAAAAUCCGUCGAAGAACAGUUAGCCGAGUUAACGGCGAUAGUCGAUAAGGAA